AUGCAGCAUCUGUCCGAAGUGAUCGGCCACCUCAACAGUUUUAAAUUCUAUCUAAUGAUUACAUCGCAAAAUCCGUACAAGGGCUUUCCCUUUGACAAGCAGGAGGAGUGGUUCGGCACCAAAUACACCACUAUACCCAUGCCUCCAAGGUGGAAGCAGCUGUGGAUCGAAUCGAAAUCGAAGCGCAUGGACGAGCUCUUUCUGCCCGAAGCCAAUCCCUUUGUGGCCCACGACUUCAAAAUGUUCUGGAAUGAGCAGGGCAAACCCAAGCAGCCGCCUUACCCCAAGAGGUUGGUCAAGACGGACACCUGCGAGCUGUGGUUCCGACAGGAUGACAAAUUCAACCUGCCCCACGCCUGCCUAUGCUUCUUUUUUAUCACGCCGCUGCUGCGACAGAGCGCAAAGAAGAAGCUGGAACUCGCCGAAAAGGCCAAUCUCAACUGCCGAUUCAGGGUUAGCGACAAUGGUUUGAAGCUAUUUCUGAGCGGCUACAAUGAAAAGCUCCAUCUGAUUGUGGAGGCCGUUGCCCAAGGUAUGGUCGAUGUGGGUGCCACCCUCAAUGCAGAUAUUCUUACUGCCUACCGCGAGAACCAGCGCGAGUACUACUUAGCAAGUGAGCUGUACAUCAAGGCCCUCAUACAGGGCAACUACACGGAGGAGGCAGCUCACAAGUUGCUCAAUGCAGUGCUCAGCCGUCUUAAGUGCCAGCCCAUUGGGGAUCGUCGGCUCGUGGAGAAUCGGAUCGUGAAGCUUCCACAGGGCAGCCACGUGAUCCGCUGCUACGCCCCAGGCGUGCACACUACAACCACAAAUAUAACGAACUUUUACCAAUUCGGAGCGAACUCUUUACGGGUGGAGGUCAUACUCGACCUCAUGUGUACGAUCUUCGAUAGCCCGGAAUUCUGUACGGAGGAACUCACUUGGACGAGACUAUUGCAAGAGACAGUGUCAAAAAAAUGGAUAAAGACCUCGAUGAAUUUCGCCGCCAGGGUUGGAUGUUGGAUGUUUUUCAAGCUAAUAGAUGACGAGACCUAUGCAUCCAUGAAAGACCAGCUUAUCCAUGGAAUGCUUGCCCUUCCACAUACUCUGUUGCAUGAGGUGCGUAGAAAUCUUGGCGAGAUCAUCGGCGGGAACUAUAUCUUCGGUCGUGCCCAGAAGAAGGCGGAUGUUUUGCGCACCCUAACCAAAGCGAACAUCAUAAGCUUCCUGAACGACACGGAAGGCACCAAUUUCCGCAAACUGUCGGUUCAGGUCAUUGGGCAUGGGAAGCCGUCAAAUCUCUUAAACCAGAACCCUAAUGACAAUGAGUUGAAAAUUGUAUUCCUGCCACAGGACGGAGACGGAGAAAUGCCUACCAUUGUCGACAUUUACGAUUUCAAAAGCGGUUUCGAGAUUUACCCCAACCGCAGCGAGGAACCAGCUGUGGAAGGAAACUAG